ACACACACAAAGUAUUGGGUAUUGUAUGGGAUAAUAAUGAGGAUCGAUUAAGUUACAGAUUAAAGCGGGAACCAAUGUCAAAAUCAAUAACAAAACGUUACGUUUUAUCUAUAGCCUCGUCGAUAUACGACCCGUUAGGUAUGUUAGGACCAGUAAUUAUCAUUGCGAAAUGUUUCAUACAUAAACUUUUCAAAUUAAAGUUUAAUUGGGAUGAAAAACUACCGAUUCAAUUAAUUAAUGAAUGGGAAACAUUCUAUAACAGUUUGUUUACGUUAGACACACUAUCUAUUCCAAGGCGAGUCGUUAUCAAUGAUUACAUAACCAUAGAAAUGCACGGAUUCUCAGACGCGUCCUUGACCGCUUAUGGGGCCGUUAUAUACAUACGAUCUAUAGAUAAACAGGGCAGGAUUAUGGUUCGAUUAUUGCGCGCGAAAUCGAGAGUUGCGCGUGAGGAAACUAUUCCACGAUUAGAGCUGCGAGCUGCCUGGCUGUUAGCCGCAUUGUCUGACGACGUAAACAAUGCGCUUAAAUUUAAAUGGACGAAACAAUACUUCUGGUCAGAUUCAAAUGUAGUAUUAGCAUGGAUAAAAUCACCACUACAAAAAUUAAACACAUUCGUAAAAAAUAAAGUAAAUGACAUACAAAAAAUUACAAACAUCGAUGAUUGGCGUUGGGUCUCUUCUGGUAACAACUCAGCGGAUUUGUUAUCUAGGGGUCUAGCUGCUGAAAGGUUAGGUAGUAGUUCAUUAUGGUGGCAGGGGCCCUCCUGGCUUUCCGAGCCCAUGGAGAAGUGGCCUACAUUUCAACUACCCAAAACGGAAAUAACGUUACCCGAAACUGAACAAGAGACACAUUGUAAUAUAAGUACAAACAAGUCAAGCGAGUUAAUUACAAACUUAAUAAAAAAAUAUUCUAACUUAAAUAAACUCAAUCGAGUAUUUGUUUACAUGCGAAGAUUCAUUCACAACUCUAGACAUCCGAACAAUAGAAUAGUCGGGGUCUUAUCAGUAGAUGAAAUGCGACAUGCGUUGCUCGAAUUAAUUAGAUUUGCACAAACAGAAUCGUUCCAAAUGGAGUACAAGUUACUAAAAAAUAGUAAACAACUACCACAAACAUCAAACAUAUUGUGUUUGAAACCAUUUAUGGAAAAUGGGAUUAUUCGAGUAGGGGGACGCCUGGAACAGUCCUCAUACAAUUACGAUAAAAAACACCCAAUACUUCUACAUCACUCACACACACUAACAAUUCUUAUAAUGCGUGGAGAACACAUAAGAUUAAUGCAUGCAGGGCCACAGUUAUUACUUUCAUCUGUCCGCGAGAGAUAUUGGCCGACACACGGUAAGAUCGUCGCUAAUAAGGUUGUACGAGAAUGUAUAACGUGCUUCAGGAACAGUCCGAAGAUCUACUCACCGAUAAUGGGUAAUUUACCAAGGUCAAGAGUAACUCCAGCACCGCCCUUCCUCACAACUGGCAUUGAUUAUGCAGGACCCUUUGCGGUGAGGGACAAAAGGGGGCGUGGUUACAGGUCAUACAAAUGUUACAUAGCAAUUUUUAUUUGUUUUUCGACAAAGGCAAUUCACUUAGAGUUAGUUUCAGGUCUAGAAACUCAGCUCUUCCUGUCUGCGCUGCGAAGGUUUACGUCCAGGCGAGGUAUACCAAAAACAAUACUGCAGCAGAUCCAAUGCGACUUCUGGAGAAGAUGGUCAAGAGACUACAUAGGACUGCUUCAAGAACGCACGAAAUGGAGAAGCUGCAAGGGUGCCGGACUCGACGUGGGUACCAUUGUGCUGAUCAAAGAUGACCGACUGCCGCCCUGCCAGUGGAGGCUGGGACGCAUCGUCGGCUGCUGCCCGGGUCGCGACGGCAUCACGCGGGUCGCAGAGAUGCGCACGGCGCGUGGAAUAAUCAAGAGAGCAUUCAACAAUAUCUGUCCAUUACCGAUUACAUGUUAAAAUGCCUUUUAUUGUAACAAUCAAAUAACUUAUAACUAGUUAAAUCUCAUUUAAUACCCGUAUAGUUCAGUUUUAACAAUUUUGGUCUAUUAGUUACCGAUAAUAUGAUAGGUUGUGGAAUAUUUUAGCUUACACAUUAAAUAAAGGUUAGGCUUCAAUAUUGUAAAUAGUUCGUAGUCGUUAGGAUUUAGAUUCGAAAUUUAAAUAUUAAAAAUACAAAUAAGUAA